AUGCGGUUCUCUCAGUGUAUUUCUGCAUUGCUUCUUCUUGUCCCACCUCUGGUGCAAGCAAACCAGUCGGGUGGACUCGCCCAUCCCAACCUCCAACCGCUCGUCACACGCGGCGACGCCUUCCUCUCAGCAGGCCACUGGAGCGACGCAGCCAAGACAUACUCAGAUGCCAUCUCCCUCUCCCCAGGCGACUAUCUUCUCUUCUAUAAACGCGCUACUGCCUACUUGUCAUCUAAUAGACAUGCGAACGCUCUCGAGGAUUUCUCAAAGGUUUUGGAGUUGACGUCGGGAGAGUUCGAUCGGGCCAUACUCAUGAUAGCCAAGAUACAUAUGAAAGACGGUGAUUGGACGCAGGCACAGAGAACCCUCGACACCUAUGCUGCAAAAGCCUCCGACUCUGACUCUGUCGUAGCUGAGCUGCGAGCGGAUAUCAAGGACGCACAGGCAGCAGCGAAGAAAGCGAAAGAUGCACGACGCGCACAGCUGUGGACAGUGUGUUCCGAGGCUGCAACCCAGGCUCUGCGUGUGGCCAGUCAUAGUACAGAGCUGCGACAGACGAAGGCGGAGUGCAGUUUGGCGGGUGGUGAUCCACAAGGUGCGGUGGUCGACCUGAGUCGCCUAUCACACCUCUCACCGCCAACGAGCGCGUCCCUCAUGCGUAUUUUCCGACUCGCCUAUUUCCUUCUUCCGCCCUCCCCCUCGUCUUCGCACACGUCGCACCUUCCACCAUUGAAACAAUGUCUCUACCUCGAUCCAGAUUCGCCACAAUGUCUUGCUGCACAUCGGCUCGCAAAGUCUUUGGAUAAAGGGUUCGCGACGCUCGACAAGCUCCUUCAGAAGGGGGACUGGAUGGGCGUUGUCAAGCACAUCGUUGGUCCUGCGGGCAUGUACCCCGGCGAUGGAUUCGCAGCCACAUUCGAACGGGCUUUGGGUCAGCAAGCUACCCUCGAACACCUCGCGCAUCGUCCAUCUCCAUCCCGGACGCACGUACUGAGAGUCCCUCGACGAGCACACAUCCUCCGGGCUGCAUGCCGUGCGUAUACGCAUCUCAACUUGGUCAAGAAGGGUGAGGCAUGGUGCGACGCACUGCUCGCGAUGUCGGCAGAGGCACACAGGAUGGCCGGGGAGAUGUAUGCUGGUGGUGGUGAAGGAGGGCCGGAAGUGGAUGGGUGGGUUGGGAAGGGUGAGGCAUUAUUGGCGAAGGAGAUGUGGGAGGAGGCAGUAAGAGCAUUUGAGAGAGCUGUGGAGGGGAGUGGGAGGAGAGAUCGUGAUGUCCUUAACCGCUUACAAAAAGCUCAACGUCUCCUGAAACAGUCCAAGACGAAAGACUACUACAAGGUCCUGGAUGUCCCUCGCGACGCGGAUACCAAGACAAUCAAGAAGGCAUUCCGCAAAGCAGCGAUGACAGCCCACCCCGAUAAAGGUGGAUCCGAGGCGAAGAUGGCAGCUGUGAACGAAGCGUACGAGGUGUUGAGUAAUCCUGAACUCCGACAACGCUUCGACAACGGCGACGAUCCCAACGACACCGGAUCACAAGGCGGGAGCCCGUUCGCGGGAUCUCAUUUUGCUGGCUUUGGUGGGUUCGGUGGACAUGGGUCUGGUGGCGGUGGGGCGGACCACCCAUUUGCCCAGUUUUUCCAACAGGCCGGGCAGCGUGGGUUCUCAUUUGGGAGAGGAUGA